AUGUGGCUAUCGGCUGAUGAAACGAACGUGCUAGAUAACGCUUUGAUAACUAUGGAACAUCUUUAUCGAAGUGGUGUUGUUCAUAUUCAAUUAAGACGAUUGAUAAACGAAAAAUCCAAAUUUGAGAUCGAGUAUUCAAUCAAUAAAACUCAAACCUUGAUCAAGGAUGAUUCUGAAAAUCCAAUCGACGAAAAUGAUGGAUUUCUACAGCCAACAGAGCCAGAGAAAAUCAAAUUUGUCUUGACUACAUCUGAAGUCGAUGAUCAUAAACGGCAGCUGACAUUUUGUAAUGUGGAUCUUUCUGAAGCAAUGAAAUCGAAAAAAAUUUUAUUAAAUGAACAAUUGAAACUAUUGGACACGAUCAACAAUAUCUAUUCAACGAUGAUUCAGUUGGAAAUGGCUGGUCAUCCAGAUUAUCAAUUGAAAGAAGAAACUCUUCAAUUGUCUGAUCGUGCAGGUGAAAUUAGUCGAAUUCUAUCCGGAGUGAAAGAUAAUGAAAAUGAAGAGAUCGACAUUUUGAAAAGACUCGUUGAAAGACAAACAGAUCGACUUCAUUUGAUUCAUCAGCAAGUGGUACUCAACUAUAAACUUUGGUUAGAACAUUUGGAAGAAUAUCGAAAAUUGACACAUCUAUUACAAUUGUUCUCCAAUCGUCAAGUGAUGAUAUUGAUCAUUCUAUUAACUAAAUCAACACCAGAUAAUCGAAUGAAAUGGAAUUUCCUGAAAAAGUUACAUUUCAAAAGCGAUAAGAAUUUCAAUGAUGAUCGAGAACUUCAGUUAACAAUUAAAUCAUUGAGACACUAUUUACGUUCAUUGCGUUUGUUUACUUGUGAUCUAUCAGUAGAGAAUAUCCAACGAUUAUAUGACAAACACCAAAUACCGAAUAGAUCCAAUGGUGAAUCAUGCUUGCAGAAAUUAUCUGCAUUUUUGAAAGAACUUCUUAAUGAUGGAAAAGAAUUAUUUAUCGAGAGAACAGCAAUCAAUGACAAUCAGCAGUAUCUAGUCACAUUGACUCAUAAAGAUCAACCAGCUGAACCAAAUCCACUCGAUCAUGAUCUUGAUAUGGAAACAUUUUCAAUUCUUAUCAAUAUACUCAGUCAUCGUUUACCAGCAUCGUUUCAAAUCCUUUGGUGUUCUCGUGCAACAGAAGAUGAUAUUCGUUUAUUCUUCAUUCGUAUUAAAACAUUCUAUCACCUGACAUUUGUGAUUAUGGACAUUGACAAGAUGCAUCAUCGACUAAGAGAAAUUUUGUUCAAUGAACAAGACACAUUGACAAAAUCUGAUCGACCACAUGGUGAAGUUUAUUAUUUCUCAAGAGAACUAACGUCAAGAAAAGGAUUACGACCGUAUCUUGUAACGCCACAAAUACGAAACGCAAUGGUGGCCAAUGGAAAACUCAACGAGCUAUUUCAAAGUAGCAAUUUAAUCAAACCACGACUACGUGUGAUCUGCGGAAAGGCUGGUGUCGGUAAGUUGAAUAAACUCAUUUGUGCCAGCAAUGAUGACUUUUGA